CCGGUCGCCGAGGGCCGGUAGGAAGGGAGGAGCGGGAGCGAAAGGGCCCCGGAGACUGGCGCCCGCCGGGGCGCAGCGCGGCAUGUAGCUGCGGGCUCCCGCGCGAGGGUGUCGGCCCGGCCCCGCCAUGGCUGGGACGGACAGCGGGAACCUGAAGACGGUGAGGCUGUGGCGGGACGCCGCCCUGCGCGCCAGGAAGCUGCGGAGCAACCUGCGCCAGCUCACCCUCAGCGCGGCCGGGGGCUGCCCGGGGACCGACCAGCUCGACUCUCCCGACGCGCCCCAGCUCGUGCUGCCGGCCAACAUCGGGGACAUUGAGGUGCUGAACCUGGGGAACAACGGCCUGGAGGAGGUGCCCGACGGGCUGGGCUCGGCGCUGGGCAGCCUCCGCGUCCUGGUCCUGCGCCGGAACCGCUUCGCCCGGCUGCCCCCGGCGGUGGCCGAGCUGGGCCACCACCUCACCGAGCUGGACGUGAGCCACAACCGGCUGAGCGUCUUAAGCGCCGAGGUGGUGAGUGCCCUGCGCGAGCUGAGGAAGCUCAACCUCAGCCACAACCAGCUGCCCGCCCUGCCCGCGCAGCUGGGCGCGCUGAUCCACCUGGAGGAGCUGGACGUCAGCUUUAACCGCCUGGCGCACCUGCCCGACUCCCUCUCCUGCCUCUCCCGCCUGCGCGCCGUCGACGUGGACCACAACCAGCUCACGGCUUUUCCGGGGCAGCUGCUGCAGCUGGCGGCCCUGGAGGAGCUCGACGUGUCCAGCAACCGGCUGCGGGGCCUCCCUGAGGAUAUCAGUGCCCUGCGGGCCCUCAAGAUCCUCUGGCUGAGCGGGACCGAGCUUGGCACCCUGCCCAGCGGCUUCUGCGAGCUGGCCAGCCUGGAGAGCCUCAUGCUGGACAACAACGGGCUGCAGGCUCUGCCCGCCCAGUUCAGCCGCCUGCAGCGACUCAAAAUGCUCAACCUCUCUUCCAACCUCUUGGAGGAGUUCCCUGCCGCGCUGCUGCCCCUGGCUGGUCUGGAGGAGCUCUACCUUAGUCGCAACCAGCUCACUUCAGUGCCAUCCCUGAUCUCGGGCCUGGGCCGUCUUCUCACCCUGUGGCUGGAUAACAACCGGAUCCGCUACCUGCCUGACUCCAUCGUGGAGCUCACUGGCCUGGAGGAGCUGGUCCUGCAGGGGAACCAGAUCGCUGUGCUGCCAGACAACUUUGGCCAGCUCUCCCGGGUGGGCCUGUGGAAGAUCAAGGACAACCCGCUGAUCCAGCCCCCCUACGAGGUCUGUAUGAAGGGGAUCCCCUACAUCGCAGCUUACCAGAAGGAGCUGGCUCAUUCCCAGCCGGCGGUCCAGCCCCGCCUCAAGCUGCUCCUAAUGGGCCAUAAAGCUUCAGGAAAGACCCUGCUCCGUCACUGCCUCACCGAGGACAGAGUGGAGGGGAACCAAGGAGGAGGGGACAAGGAGAAGAGCCACCCGCCUUCACCUCCUCCCGUGAGCAAGGGCAUCGAGGUGACCAGCUGGACAGCGGAUGCCUCCCGGGGCCUGCGGUUCAUCGUGUAUGACUUAGCCGGGGAUGACAGUUAUGAGGUGAUCCAGCCCUUCUUCCUCUCCCCGGGGGCCCUUUAUGUGCUGGUGGUGAACUUGGCCACCUAUGAGCCGCUCCGCUUUCCCACCACCGUGGGCUCCUUCUUGCAUAGGGUAGGGGCCCGGGUGCCUCAUGCCGUGGUGUGCAUUGUGGGCACGCACGCUGACCUGUGCGGGGAGCAGGAGCUGGAGGAGAAGUGUCUGGACAUCCACCGCCAGAUCGCCCUGCAGGAGAAGCAUGACGCCGAGGGCCUGAGCCGUCUGGCCCAGGUGGUGGAUGAGGCGCUGGCCCGGGACUUUGAGCUCCGCUCCGCCAGCCCCCAUGCAGCCUACUAUGGUGUGUCCGACAAGAACCUUCGGCGGCGCAAGGCCCACUUUCAGUACCUGCUCAACCACCGGCUGCAGAUCCUCUCCCCUGUGCUGCCCGUGAGCUGCAGGGACCCACGCCAGCUACAGCGCCUGCGGGACAAACUGCUCUCAGUGGCCGAGCACCGGGAAAUCUUCCCCAACCUACACAGAGUACUGCCUCGGUCCUGGCAGGUGCUGGAGGAGCUGCACUUCCAGCCCCCUCAGGCGCAGCGGCUCUGGCUCAGCUGGUGGGACUCGGCUCGCCUGGGCCUGCAGGCCGGCCUGACCGAGGACCGGCUGCAGAGCGCCCUCUCCUACCUGCACGAGAGCGGCAAGCUGCUCUACUUUGAGGACAGCCCGGCCCUCAAGGAGCACGUCUUCCACAACCUCUCCCGCCUCAUCGACAUCCUCAACGUCUUCUUCCAGAGGGAUCCUUCCUUGCUGCUGCAUAAGCUGCUCCUGGGGACCAGCGGCGAGGGCGAGGCUGAGAGCCAGGGAGAAAGCUCCCCGCUGAUGGCGCCGCCCGCCCCAAGCCAGGAUGCGCUCCGGGCCACCCAGCUCCAUCAUUACGUGGAGGGCUUUCUGCUGCAUGGGCUCCUGCCGGCCCACGUCAUCCGGCUGCUGCUGAAGCCUCACAUCCAGGCUCAGCAGGACCUGCAGCUCCUGCUGGAGCUGCUGGAGAAGAUGGGACUCUGUUACUGCCUCAACAAAGCCAAGGGCAAGCCUCUGAAUGGGUCCACGGCCUGGUACAAGUUCCCGUGCUAUGUGCAGAACGAGGUGCCCCACGCGGAGGCCUGGAUUAACGGGACCAACCUGGCCGGGCAGUCCUUUGUGGCUGAGCAGUUGCAGAUUGAAUAUAGCUUUCCCUUCACCUUUCCACCCAGCUUGUUUGCACGCUACAGCGUCCAGAUCAACAGCCAUGUGGUGCACAGGUCGGAUGGCAAACUUCAGAUCUUUGCAUACAGAGGGAAAGUCCCUGUGGUGGUGAGUUACAGACCUGCCAAGGGGGUCCUGCAGCCGGACACGCUGUCCAUUGCCAGCCACGCAUCCUUACCGAACAUAUGGACGGCAUGGCAAGCCAUAACCCCCUUAGUAGAGGAACUGAAUGUCCUACUUCAGGAAUGGCCUGGACUGCACUACACCGUGCACAUUCUCUGUUCUAAGUGCCUUAAGAGAGGGUCACCCAAUCCACACGCUUUCCCAGGGGAGUUGCUGAGUCAGCCCAGACCAGAAGGCGUGGCAGAGAUCAUAUGCCCCAAGAAUGGCAGCGAGCGAGUGAAUGUUGCCUUGGUUUACCCACCCACACCGACUGUGAUCAGCCCAUGUUCCAAGAAGAACGUUGGUGAAAAGCACAGAAACCAGUGACUUUUAUGGCUGUGGAAUUUCCAUGGAGAAAAGAGCAUCAGAACGCACCUGGACCAUCUUUUGUACCUGGCAAACCCUCCACACUCCCUGGCGUGUUCUGUGAAUUUGAGUGCAUGUGUGUUCAGGGUGCUUUCAGGGAGGAAGCACACCUAGCCUGUAGACGAGGUGGGG